AUGGGCGACGGCACGAACGCGGAUGACCUACGACGCAGACGGGCUAUGGCAGCGCGGACGGGCAGGGCAGGAUGGGCAUUCAAAAAGAAACAAUUGGAUGAGGUUAGGGGAGGGGUGAGACGCAGCUUACCAGCCAGGCUCCUCGAACCCUUACCUAGAUGCUGGAGGCCACAGCCGCGGGAGGAGAGCGUGCUUCUUCGGCUGCUCGGAGCUCCUUCAACGGUCUUCUCUUUCGCGGUGCUCAUUCCCCUAGGUUCUCGGAGCAGCAGAGCAGGGAAGGGCGUGGCGGGGCGACGGCGGCGCGGGAUGUGGCCGGACGAAGGCGGCGCGGCGACAGAGUGGACUGCACGAGCCCUUGCGGUGGUGGAGUGGAGCGCACGGCCGUUGCGGCGUUGA